UUCUUUCCUCGGACGACUACUGCAACAGUGACACCCGAAGCUUCCCUUCAUAAACCCUUUCCCCAGAAAACACUGCAUACUACAAUCACUAUCACCGAUCGAUAAGCAAACGACCACCGUCGCCGUAAUACCUUCAUCAUCAUCUUUAAGCCAUGACUCUUGAGUCCAGCAACCCCAAGAGGCUCGGCCACUCCAGCACUGAAGGAGAGAAGCUGCAGCAGAAACAACUGGAUCGCGAAGUCCGGGACAUGGUCUCUGCAAUAACGAACCGCCUCACUGGGUCCAGACGCCAGAUAGGGGAUGGGGUCGACGAAGAUGAGCGUGGUUCGAGUGUCAUCACCCUCGCCGGGAGCAACACCGGAGCGACAAUGAAAUCGGAUUUGGAUGAGAUGUCGUCUGAUCCUCACAAGGUAUCAAUGGGCGAGGGUAUGGGCGCUUACGUGAACAGCAAUUUCCAGGCCAUCAAUAACUCCAUCAUGUUGGGUGGGAGCUACAGCUCCAGUGAUCCGGGUGUUCACCUGGAAAUGUCGGACUCUGUUGAUCAGAGAGAAGAGCAUAAGGGGCCGGAGAAGCAAGGAAGGAAGGGGAGAAAGAAAGAACGAGGAAACUCUUCCAAAACUGAUCACCAGCUCUCCGAUGAUGACAGUAGAAGUGGCGAUGGCGAGGCAUGAAAACUGAAAUAUACAAAUACAAGCACGUAUUCGUAUACGUCUUCCCAUUAGUUUUAUUAUAUAUUUACUACUAUCAAUAACCUUUUUGGUAUAGACAAUAGAUACCGUACGUAUUAUCAACAUUAAUAAUGUUGUGUGUACGUAUGUGUACUCAUAUACAUACAUACAUACAUACGUUUACAUAUAUAUAUGUCUUUAUGAGUUUAUGGAACUUGUGUCAUUGCUUAAUUGGGGUACGUUAAUUUAAUUUCAUGGUUACAAUGCA